GCUCGAAUACGUAAAAAUCGCCAAGUAUUCCGUAGGUAUGCGGAACCGCCAAAUACGUUGCAUUUUUUAUGCAACCUAAGCAGUUUUUCUGCUUACUCGUUAAUCAGUGCGGUCAAUCGCGUCCGCAAUAAUUUGAAUCGAACGAUAAUACCGUUCGAGGUACCGUUAUGCUUAGUUUUUAAGCAUUGUACAAAAUGUAAUUUAAUGUACAAAUAUAGUAUGUAAAAAGCAACUGUGUCGUCGAGUCCGUUUAAUUUUGAAUCUUAUCGAAUGCAACGUACACCCAAACAAUGAUGGCGCCCGAACAGGGACUCGUCGAAUCGAGAGUGCUUUUUAUCGAAUUUGAGAUAAAUGAUCGUCAGAUUUUCGCGUAUUUUUUUUGCCUAAUUUUUGCGCAUUUAUCGAGAGCUAUUCGUGUACCGAAUUAUCGAGUUCGUGUCGCGUAAUUAUCAAGUGCGCGUCGCGUAUUUAUUGAGAUACAUUGUGAACGAAUUCGUGAAUGAAUUUAUUUACGAAAAGCGAUCGCGUUUGUGCGUAUUUGUCGAGUCGGCGUCGUGUAUUUGUGAAAUGCGCGGUGCGUAAUAAUUGAACGAACGUUAUGUGCGAUUUUUCGCAAAUUGUGAAUCGGGAUGGUCUGUAUGAGCUUUCUAUACAGCUCAAUAUAUCGUUAUUCAUUAUUGGAUUGCUCAGGUGAGCUUUAAUACGUAUUUUUAUCGAAGGGCUACCAUACCCGACUACCAUAUCGUUUCCCACCAUCGUUAAAAUGGAUGAAUGGGAAGGUACUUUUGAUUAUGAUCGAAGUUCACGUUAUUAUGUUCGAUAUUUGAACAAGAUUAUCGACACGAUAAAACGGCUACUUGCAAGCCAACCAACGAUCGAAAACGUUAACGAAGUGAGGGUCACGUUAGAUGAGCUCACGAAAGAAUUCGAGAACUAUAAAGUGGCAAUUAAUCGAGGUUUUAAAUUAGCAUCUUAUUCGGAAGAUGCCAGUAAACCGAAAUCAGCAGAAGAUAUCAAGACUGCUGAAGAUAAGAUAUUUGCCGAUUUAGAAAAGGCAAAAUCAUGUAUUUUACCGUACAUUGCCAAAUCGAAAACGUACAUCUCUGGGUUCGAGGCUCAGCAGGUGCGUGAAUCAUUGAAUAAUUCGUCGAUAAACAAUACUACCAUUUUUUCUGAACCGAACGUUAAAUUGCCUAGAAUUAAUGUACCUAAAUUUGAUGGUACUCUCGAAAACUUUCUCGAAUUUUACGCGUUAUUUAAAAACGUGGUUCAUGAUGAACCAGCAUUGUCGAAAGUUAAAAAACUUUAUUAUCUGAAAGAAGCGUUGAUCGGUGAGGCGGAAGAUUUAGUAAAAGAUACCCCCCUCACAGAUGCAGGUUAUGAUGAAGCGUGGUGUCUAGUAUUAUCUACAUACCGUAAUACUAAAUCUAUAACGCGUAAGCAUUUUGAUCAACUGUUUUCUAUAAACCGAAUUAAAUCGACAACCGAAAUACCACAGCUUCUCAAUAACGUUAAUCGAGCACUAAAAGGCUUGAGAGCAUGCGGAGAAGUUACCGAAAAUUGGAGUUCAAUUUUGAGUUAUAUUGUUUCUGAAAAAUUGGACGACACAACGUAUAACGAAUUUGAGAAAUCGCUUACCUCAAAUACUACAUUUCCACGGUGGAGUGUUCUCAAAGCAUUUUUAGAAACUCGCGCGUCUAUUACUAAACGCAACAGUGAUGCUACGAAACCUCCGAAACGUAACGAAAAUAAUUCGAAUGCUUCUGGUAAACGUGCAGUCCUUACUGCAACUGCAAAUAUCGAACCGAAAUCGUCAAAGGACGUUAGUUAUCCAUCGACGUCGCAACGAAAGCCAACUUGUCCUAGUUGUGACCAAUUGCAUUUUUUAAUCGAUUGUACCGUGUUCAAGGAGAAAUCUCCAAAGCAACGUUAUGAAAUAAUAAAAUCGAAAUCGUUGUGUGGUAAUUGUUUCCACUCAAAUCAUAAAACGAGCGAAUGCCGCAAAACGCCGAAUUGCAAGAAAUGUACUAUGCGUCAUCAUACGCUGCUGCAUUUCGAAAAAUCGAACGAACCGCCCACUAAGGAUCCAAAGGAUUCUUCUGGGCAGAGCGAAACUCAUACUUCGAGGUCUACAUGUGGUAUGUCUUCAUUGCUGUCAUUACGUAAACCAAUUUCUUUGUUGCCUUCAGCACUAGUAAAGUUUGUUUGUGGUAAUAAAUUUGGCACAAUGCGUGUCUUACUUGAUUCUUGUUCCCAAUUGAAUUUAAUUUCGAACGAAUUUAUUGAACGUAACAAUUUGCCUACUAGUAAAAUACCUUUUUCGAGUAAAGUAGCUGGUAUUGGAGAUUGUGAAACCGAAUGUAAUCGAAUUUUAAAAUUAACAAUCGAAUCUCGAGUUGAAGAAUUUAAAUUUUUAGCUCAAUUUACCGUAAUCGAUAAACGUAUUCCUUACUCGAUCACUAACUAUUUUAAUGGAGAUUUUUCUUCCAAAGUUAACGAACGUAAUUUGAAUCUUGCUGAUACUGCUUUUUAUGAUCGUAACGUAAAUAUUCAUACAAUUGAUGCUAUUCUUGGUAUUGAAUCUUAUAAUUUGUGUGUUCGUAACAAAACAAUUUACAUCGAAUCUGCAUGUCUCCGUGACACCGUUUUUGGUUGGACCAUUUCCUCGUCCAUCGAGUCAGCUCGUAAUACGCGUAAUACCGAAUCGUACUGUGGCUUAACAAUCGAUAACAUUGAUGAACGUCUAGAACGCUUUUGGAAAAUCGACGAAUAUCCAAAUGACGUUCCCAAAUCUACCGAGCAUGAGGAAUGCCAAAAACACUUCAUGCAAACAUAUCAACGUGCUGCUGAUGGUACCUUCAUUGUUCGACUGCCGUUCAAGGAAGAUCCUUCGAUAAUUACUGGUAACUUUGGUAUCGCAGCAAAGUACCUCCACCGAAUCGAAUCCAAAUUGGAUGCUAAAACGAAGGAAAUGUACACUGAUUUCCUAACCGAAUACGAAUCGCUCGGACAUAUGUCUGUGGUUUCUGACAAUGUGUCCAGAUACUUCAUCCCGCAUCAUGCAGUACUUCGGCCCUCGAGUACAACAACAAAGCUGCGAGUUGUAUUCCACGCAUCUUCUAAAUCCUAUUCUGGGAAAUCGCUAAACGAUAUUCUAAUGGCCGGUCCAACCAUCCAACCCGAACUUAACGAUACGCUUCUAUGUUUCCGAAUCUUCUGUUUUGUAAUUUCUGCUGAUAUUAUGCACAUGUAUCGCUGCAUUCAAAUAUUGAAAGCUGAUCGCAGAUUUCAAUCGAUAAUUUGGCGAAAUAAACGACUGGAAUUGAAUACUAUAACUUAUGGAACCGGUCCCGCUGCCUACCAGGCAACGCAAUGUCUUGAUAUUCUCGCUGAAGAAGCGAAAAAGAAACGUCCACGCACUUCCAUUGCCAUACGUAAAGGCUUUUAUAUGGAUGAUUGGCUUUAUGGAGCUGACACCAUUAAAGAAUUGAUCGAACUGCAAAAAUCUGUGCAUGAAACCUUGUUAUCUGCUGGUUUCAAGUUACGAAAAUAUCAAUCGAAUUCGAAGGAAGUACUUGCUCAAAUUGAUCCAUCUCUGAUUGAACAAAAUCUAACCGUUCAAUUUGGAGACAACGAAGCUCUAUCAAUACUUGGCUUAGCCUGGUGUCCUUCUACCGACUGUUUUGCGCUGAAAACCGAUAUUCCGGCACCAACAAAAACUGUUACAAAACGUCUAAUGCUGUCAUUGAUAUCGAAGGUAUUUGAUCCGCUUGGCUUGGCCUCUCCUGUAACGAUUCGAGGCAAGCUUUUGUUCAAAGGUUUAUGGAAACUUGGACUAGCUUGGGACGAUGCUGUGCCUCCUGAUGUCGAAAAGCAGUUCAACUCUUACCUGUCUGAUCUGAAUCAUUUAUCGAAAUUCGUAAUUCCACGUUAUAUUCGAGAUUUUAAUGCUGAUACCGAAACUAUUGUUGGUUUUUGCGAUGCCUCUGAGCAGGCAUACUGUGCUGCUGUCUACUCGUUUAAUUCGAAGCGUCUCCAGUUGCUGUGCUCAAAAACGAGAGUUGCUCCAGCAAAAGAGCUCAAAAUUCCAGAGCUCGAGCUCCAAGCAGCUGUUCUGCUUGUGCAGUUAAUCAACCGUGUUUGUAAAACCUUGAACGUCAAUCCGAAUCGUAGUAAGCUGUUUACAGAUUCAACUAUCGUCCUAGCAUGGCUAUCAAGACCUGCUAGUGAUUGGAAAACUUUUGUUCGUAAUCGUGUUGCCAAAAUAACCGAAUCAUUUCCAAUCAAACAUUGGAGCCAUGUUCGGUCGGGAGAUAAUCCUGCGGAUCUUGCCACACGUGGGUUAUCUACCUCAUCCUUAAUGCGCUCUACAAUUUGGCUGUCCGGUCCUGGGUUCAUGCUAGAUCCAGAUAGCUCAUCAAACGAAACCGAAAUCGAUGAUACAAUAUGCAAACCAUAUCUUCGAAAACCUAAAAUUGCUUCCUUCAUCGCUGCAGACCUUGAAACUGAUCUGGCAAAGCAUGGGAAACUCAUCUCAUCUUGUGCAUCCUACGAAAAGAUCCGUUUUAUAUAUGCUGCUGCUAUCGCUGUUAUCCGUCGCUGGAAGUCCCUAAUACGUGAUCGAGUCCGUGUUCCAGUGAAAGUCGAAGCCAACGAUAUAAACCAAGCCCAUGAGUGUAUCAUACGAAUUGUCCAGUAUGAUUCCUUUUCCAACGAUAUCAAGCGUCUGAAAAUCAAACCGAAUAAAUUAUCAAAACGAAGCUGUCUCCGUCGUCAUACUCCGUUCCUCGAUGAAGAUGGUAUUUUAAAAUCGAAAACUCGUCUUCAGAAUGCUCGCAAACCCGACAACGUGAAAACACCGAUUAUUCUACCGUCUCAUCAUCCGUUUACAAAGCUGUUCAUUCGUCACCUGCAUCUGAAAUUCUUCCACGCUGGUCGUCCUUGGCUGCUUACUAUGCUAUCAUCAAACUACGUAUUCGUUGGUGGUAUCAAUCGCUCAAUCAAAUCGAUUAUUCAUUCCUGUAAACAAUGCAUCGAACGAUUCGUGCAGUCCAAACCCCAGCAGAUGGAGAAUCUACCAUAUGAACGUGUAACACCUCUGCCACCAUUCCAGGUAGUAGGUGUAGAUUUCACUGGCGCUUUCCAGCUGAAAUGCUCCUAUCAUCGAACCACGAAAUACAUGAAAGCAUACAUGUGUAUCUUUGUGUGUUUUUCAACUCGAGCAGUCCAUAUUGAACUUGUUCCAUCGUUAUCUACCGAAGAUUUCCUCAAUGCACUCAAAUGCUUUGUAGCUCGCAGAGGUCUUCCAUCAACGAUAUUUUCCGACAAUGGUACCAACUUUAAAGGUUGUGAACGUUACUUGAACUUCAACGAUCCCGAAAUUCAGCGCUACGCAUUAUCCAACACCAUAUCCUGGAAAUUCAAUCCCCCGUAUACGCCUCAUCGUGGUGGUAUCUGGGAGUCUGCGGUGAAGAGUGCAAAGCGUUAUAUUCCAAAGGUUGCCGAAAAUCAGAAAUUUACCGAAAAUGAGUUACGAACGUUAUUAACUCAAAUCGAGGGGAUUCUCAACACUAGGCCAUUGGCGUACUCGCACGCUGGUGAACCAGAUGAGGAGAUACUCACUCCAGGCCAUUUCUUGGUUGGCCGUAAUCUAAACGUUAACUUACCCGAACCGUCUUCCCCUCCAGCAAAUAUCAAGCUGUCCGAUCGAUAUGUCGCCAAUCAAAAUCGAAUUAGAGCGUUUUGGAGAAUUUGGUCCCAAGACUACCUUAACCAACUUCGUUCCCGCACCAAGUGGCAGGACGAACAACCGAACGUAGAAGUAGGAGAUUUAGUUUUGCUCCGAAAAAUGAAUAUGGAGCCGGGUCAAUGGAAUCGCGCAAUAAUCCAGAAGACGUUUCCUGAUGAAAGCGGUUUAGUUCGUACCGUUGAAAUUCGAACACCCGAUUGCGUUGCAAAGGUCGUGCCGAUCCAGCAGAUCGUUCCACUGCCGAUAGCUGUAUAAUUAUUUAUCGAUGAUUCUCUAUUUCACUAUCGUAUAUUAUGAUUUUUGAUUUUUAUUGCACUGGGGUUAUUUUUCAAAAUUUAUCUUAUUUAUAUUAUAAUUACUUUUAGCGUCUCUCUUCCAAAUUUGACUCUGUCAGCGGGGGGAGUUUAUGUUUAGCUCGAAUACGUAAAAAUCGCCAAGUAUUCCGUAGGUAUGCGGAACCGCCAAAUACGUUGCAUUUUUUAUGCAACCUAAGCAGUUUUUCUGCUUACUCGUUAAUCAGUGCGGUCAAUCGCGUCCGCAAUAAUUUGAAUCGAACGAUAAUACCGUUCGAGGUACCGUUAUGCUUAGUUUUUAAGCAUUGUACAAAAUGUAAUUUAAUGUACAAAUAUAGUAUGUAAAAAGCAACUGUGUCGUCGAGUCCGUUUAAUUUUGAAUCUUAUC